CUUUCUAAUAUAAAAUACACCAUAAAAUUUAAUAGUUUAGUUCCGUAAUAACCCACAAUAAUCAACCAUGACCGUAGUGGAAUUCUUCGGUUGUUCAUUCCUGGCCUUUGGGCCACCGUUGGCGAUGUUCUCGCUGACCAUCGCACACGACCCGAUCCGGAUCAUCAUACUGAUAGCAGCUUCCUUCUUCUGGCUGGUCUCGCUACUGUUUUCCUCGACCAUCUGGUUCACGGUUUACCCCCUGCGGGAUAAGAUCGUAUUCGGACUGAUAUGCUCCGUGUUUAUCCAGGAAGCAUUCCGCUAUCUCAUGUACAAGCUGCUGCGGAAGACCGAAAGAGGACUGCAGGAAGUGACCGAAAUCGUGCGAAUCUCCGACUACAAGCACAUCCUGUCGUACGUCUGCGGGUUGGGUUUCGGCAUGAUCAGCGGAGCCUUUUCGCUGGUCAACAUUCUGGCCGAUUCGGUGGGACCGGCUACGGUUGGGUUGAAGGCAGGGACGAACAUUUUCAUUGUGAUCAGUGCAGCCCAAUCGCUCUGUAUGAUUCUGCUGCACACGUUUUGGAGUGUGAUAUUUUUCAAUGCUUGUGAUCUGAAGAAUUACUAUCACAUCGGAUAUGUCGUCAUCAGUCAUCUGUUUGUGUCCUGCAUUACACUGCUCAAUGGCCAGGAGCUGUUCGCCGUGUCGCUGACGGCUUCCUACAUCGUGAUGCUGGUUACGAGUGUGCUGGCAUUCCGAGUGGUUGGUGGAAAUCUGGCUUCGUUUAAGAAGUUCAUUACCUGCAAGUAACUUAGUUAGGUGAACUUAAUUUAUACAUUAAUACUACUAGCACUCAUAAUUUUAACAACACGCAUAUAAAACGUAUUUCAUAUUCGACUAGGAAUGAAUAAACUUUGAUAAUAUGAUAAAUCCU